GUUUAUCAGUUUAGAGUUAAAUGUGAUUAAAUAGAGUUUCAACUUAUAUACGAAGUGAGGUGUAGGUAAAUCAGAACACGCUAUACCGACAGAGGUGUCUUACCGUGCACUUGAUCUACUUUACCAUCACCCCACACGCUUGUGGAGGACUUAUUCCGUAUUUAAAAUGAAUGGUCAACGCUUCAAUUGUGAAAAUAUAUAUUUGGAAAUAUUGAUAUAAAGGUUGACACGUCUUUAGGCUUGGAGAAUUUGGCGAAGAAUGAAUAGUUACAAAAGUUAUUCCAAUUUGUUUAAAAUGACAAAUGAACAAUAAACGUAGUUAUAAAAAGGUGGCGAUGAGAAUAAUCUUCAAUCUUCUUUAUCGACUACGGCCGCCACACGCUCCCGAUUAUCGUGCCAUCUACCAGCACCAGGAGGAAACAAUUUCUCCAACCGCGCCCUCUUUAUUAGGGUGCUCUGGGCCUGACGCUGUCGCCUCGAUACAACCCCAUUAUGCCCCAUUCCACUGUUCUACGCGACCGGAAGGUUCAAGGCACGCGUCCUUCACUUUCAUUGUCAUUUUCUUCAGUACAAGUCUUUGUUUUAAUAAAAGACUUCAUUUUUAUAAAUCAGUGAAAUCACUAAAUUCAGUAAUUAUAUAGAUAUAAAAUAUGAAUGCAAGAGGUGGAUAUCGUUGUUCUUUCAAAGGGUGCCCAAGUGCAAGCAGUGAGGAACGAGGAAUAAAAGAAACUUUGUUUCGAUUCCCAAAAGAUGUAGAAAGGUCAAAAUUGUGGAUAUUAGCUUGUAACAGAGAGGAAUUGCUUGUAAAGACAGCCACACAACUCUAUAGUGGUUAUAGAGUAUGUAAGCUUCAUUUUGCAACGAACAUGUUCUUAAAUUAUGAGAGAACAAGAUUACAGCCACAUGCUGUUCCAAGUUCCAUUGUGAGAAAUAAUGAUGAAGAAUCAAGUUCAAAAAGCUUAAAUGUAGAAAUAAACUGCAUAAACAAUUUAAAUAUACAGGAAGAAAAUAUUGCAAUAGAUAUAUUCAAUGAAAGCAACCAGGACAACACACAUAUUGACAAAACAAUACCAAACGUGUCAGAUGUAUCAGAAGUUGGAACUCAAACAUCUUUGUCACUAUCUUCUACAUCUCCGCAAAAAGCACAUCUUUAUCAACAAAUAAGAGCAUAUAAAAGAAAAAUAGCAAAUUUGGAAUCGCAAUUGCAUGAAGCAAAAAAAAGAAAAGAAGACAUUAAUUCAUUAGAUGCACUCCUAGACAAAUAUUUUCCACAACAGACAUCCAAAUAUUUGAAAACCCAAGUACGUCUCUUUCAGAAGGAUGCAAAAGCCCGCGCACAACCAACAAUAUGGCGAUCUUUUAGUCAUUAGAUCAAAGGUGCCGACACGGAAUAAGCCUACUGUUCUUUCCUAUACUGUGACAAAGGCAUGUUUAGUCUUCUAUGUACUAUCUGUAGUCGGCUCUAGCCAUCACUAUUACAAACAACUUAUUAGCACUGACAAUACAUUCUCAAUAAAAUUAUUAGACAAAGGCAAAGAACAUAAUUAGCAGCUCUGCAUUGAAGCGCGUCAGUCUAGAUUUGGACGUCGAAGAAGCAGAAGUGUUUAUUUCUACGUUACACAAUUGCUUUACAAAUUAAAACGUUAAUUACAAUUAAAUUGCAAAAUUAAAGCGCCAUCUAUAAAAAAAAUCGCGGAAACUGAAUACUCGGUAACUUACCGACUGUCGCAGGAUAGGUCGGUAAGUUGUUGAGUAGUUUUCGCGACUUUUUUUAUAGAUGGUGCAGGAGUCGAAUUUGUAAUUAGUUUACCGCCGAAAAAAAUGUCACUCUACAUUUUUAACUUACUUUUUUACAUGUAGAUUUACCCCCUUCUGGUGGUUGCAACCCUAGAUCGAUGACACCCUGUAUGAUAAAACUUUCUAAGCAUCUCAAAUUUGAGAAUGUUUUCUAUUAUGAGAUUAUCAGUUUUUACACAAUAUAUUGAUACACUAAAAACAUUAAUAUGUAUAGAUAUGUUAAACUUGUUAGAAAGUAGUAAUACAACAGAAAUUUAUUUUUAUACAAAAGUUUAUAUUAUUAAAUUAACAUAUGUUUAUACAAAAAAUCUUCAUUAAUGAUAAUGAUAGCAAUUUGGAGAAACAUAAAUUAUUUUAAAUAACAUUACGUACCAGCAAGAAAAAAUAAACUUCAGCGAUAAAUAUUAAAUAAAUAACAUUUCAAUUACUAUUACAGUAUUAUAAUCAACAAGUAUAAACUUACAAGGAUACAUAGAGCAAGCAUAAUAGUAAUAUGCAUAACUAUAGGACGCAACAAGAUUUCAAGAUUGUCUUUACAAUGUAAUUUUAUCUCUAAAAAUAUUUUAUACUAAGAGUAAUUAUAUAUAAGAAGUUAUAAAUCUUAAUCCUUUAAGAAAUUAGGAUAUUAAAAUGAACGAAAUGUGUAUCGUAUAUGUAGCUGUAAUUACUUUUAAGUAUUUUAUUUGUUUUUUUUUUUU